AACUUGGGGCAAUGGCCUUGAAGAAAGGCAUGGAUGAGGAUCCAGAUAUCUCGCUGAUGUUUCAGUGCCCAUUCAAGGAAGGGCUGACCCAGGAUAAAGUCCAAGUUGACAUCUCUUCCAAGUACAACCGCCGGGUGCUGCCGAGCUACGAACAGAAGAUCGAGGAGAUAUGGGGGGAGCGCUGCCUGGAGAACCAAUGGCUUUUUAACGGAGCCAAAUUCCGCAUUCACUCGAUGAGUCAGGAAAACGGAAUCCUGACCUUCUGUCUGGGCCUGACCGAUUACAAAGACUACAUUGGGACAAACUGGUCAAAAGAUUCCUCAUUCCUACAGCAACAGGGUCUGGAGGACUUUGGGGACAGCCAGGCCUAUUUGGCUGAGCCACUUGGUGUUGGCGCUAUGCUACAGACAGAGGAUGGGUACUUUGUGUUUUUGAGAAGGAGCCAGCAGGUAGCGGAGGCAGCUGGACAGGUCGAUAUUCCAGGUGGUCACCCAGAACCCAAGGCGGUUGUGAAAAACAUUCCGGAAGAAGCCAUCCGUGUUGAGCACCUCUCAAGGGAGCUGGUUGUCCAGGAGCUAUUUUCCUCCAUUUUAGGAGAGAUCAGGGAUGAGGUGAAUAUUCCCGAGGCAUGCCUGAGCAGGCCUGUGUUGCUGGGAGUUGCCCAAAAUAAUCGAAGUGCAGGUCGGCCCAGUGCGGAAUUUUAUGUGAGGUGCAAACUGACGGUGGAGGAGGUGAGGCAGAACUAUCUGAUUGGAGGCCCUGAGGCUCAUGAAUCAACCAGCAUUGUCUUCGUCAAAGCAGAGGAUGUAAUACUCACCGAAGAGUGGUUAUGGAAGCAGCUCUGUCCUUCGGCCAAGGGUGGUGUGAAACUUUACUCACUGGUUCGUCCUCAGCUGGACUGACAAUGGCUAAUGCUCUCUCAGGGACUGCUGAAAUGGUUGAACAUAUCUCCUGAAGAGAACUUUCCUCUGUUGCAGUGGUGAUGAAGAAACUUGUCUGUUGAAGUAACAACACCUUUAGUUGCAAAGAGCUCCUUCCUCGUGUGUUCAAGGCACCGACUUGGUCACAGUUCUUCAUAAUAAUAAUAAUUCUUACAGAUGAUAUAGCACCUUAUCACGUC